AUGUCGGAACUUACUGCGGGUUCGGAUAUGUUCAGUGCUAUCCCCGCGGGUGUCCAGCAAGUGAUCAGAAAUGUUGUCUUCUGGGGAGCGACCGACGAAACUGCUCAGAAAUGGAGGUUGAGAGUUCUCGGCGUAGGCGCAGUAGCCGUCGCGGGCGCUGCGUCGUGGGUGUAUCUCAUCUACCCGUUUUUGCAGCACAUGAAAGUUCGGAACUUGCCCCAGCCGGGCACGUCAACGUGGCUAAACGGCGACAAAAAGGAACUCGAAAAGCACGUGAAGGGAGGCGAGAAGCGCCGUUACUUUUCUCGGUUGCGCCAGACAGUGGGGCCAAACUGCUUCAUUCGGCUGCCCCUUCAGUUUUCGCUGGCGUCCCUGACGAAGAAUCCGUUCGGCCUUCUCUUCGUCACGAGCGACUGGAAUGUGAUUCAGGAACUCACGACACAGAGCGGAAGCCUGGACCUCGUCGCCCUCAACGACACCCGAGCCGUCGACGCGCUGCAGCUCACGAGACUCGCGAUGUUUGAUUUGUGGCUCAACCUGCUAACGGGCCGUCAAGGGCACCACGCGCUCACUGCUUCGGGCCACCUCGCCCUGACUCCCAACAGAAUCGAGACGGGCGCAUUGCCUUACAGCACUGUAGAGGCGAUCAUGACCAUGACUAGGUUCCACAAAGAGAACUACGAGCUCCUCUUUCUCCCGACGGACUCCUCUGCAGUCACCUCCACGGCGGCUCACAAGGCUCUUGUCCAGCAGUACAAAGCUGUUGUGAAUGCCGCGCCCGUAAUUUUGACGCAGAUGCUGGACGAGAAGAAUCAGCAGGCACUCUUGCCCCGGAUCCUCGCCGCUGAAGACUCUGUGACGCGCCGUGGCCUUGCGGCUGACGAAAUCCGCGACAGCGCGGCUCUCCUGUUUCUGGCGUCAGAAAACACUGCUCUCCCUAUUGUAUGGGCACUGUAUGAGCUUGCGAAAGACCAAGCGCUUCAGCAGCGAAUUCACACGGCUACGCGUGUGGAAGAUUUGACGGUGAUCGACAGCACAGACCAACUGAUUAGCCGUCUCGGAGAAGUUCUGAAUCUUUUUCUCGAGGCUCUACGCUUUUACGCCCUCCCGAUUCUCUCCCGAAGUGCCUCCAGCCCCAUUCAACUGAAAUCCGCUGAUCUUACUAUCCCUGCUGGUACUGUUGUUCUGGUGGACAACUACUCGCUGACGCGCGAUGAAACUCUCUGGGGACAAGACGCCAACGUCUUCAAUCCAGAUCGCUUCUCCGGCAAAAUCUGGCAGCAGGCCCCGUGGCUGCCUUUCGGGUUCGGUUCGCGCAAGUGCAUCGGAGAGCGCGUGGCGGUAACGCAUGCAGUCCUUUUUCUCGCAGUUGUUGUUCGUUAUUUCGCUCUGGAACUAGACACCAAUUCGAUGCCCCCAGAGCCUGUGGAACGCCAGUUCCUCACGCCCGACAAGCCCGUUAUGCUUCGCUUCAGACCUCGCGUGUAG